GUUAUCUCUCAUCUCUGCCUCUCCUCCUUCCUGUUUGGCAUAAGCUAUGGCAGUGGGGCUGGCAAUAACGAGCCAAGGUGGGCAAUACAAUGGCAAAAUCACUACUUUUGUUAUCCUCUCAUGUAUGAUGGCAGCCAUGGGAGGUGUUAUUUUCGGCUAUGACAUUGGAAUUUCAGGUGGGGUGACUUCAAUGGAGCCAUUUCUCAAAAAAUUCUUCCCAGAAGUGUAUCUCAAAAUGAAAGAAGACACCAAGAUCAGCAACUACUGCAAAUUCGACAGCCAACUCUUGACAUCCUUCACAUCCUCACUCUACAUAGCCGGCUUAGUAGCUUCCUUCUUCGCUUCUUCAGUCACCAGAGCAUUUGGCCGCAAGCCUUCAAUUCUCUUUGGGGGUGCUGCAUUCCUCGCCGGUUCUGCCUUAGGCGGGGCGGCUCUCAACAUCUACAUGCUAAUCCUCGGCCGCGUCAUGCUAGGAGUUGGCGUUGGUUUCUGUAACCAG